GGCUCAACAUGUUCAAAAUAUCCAACUUAGAGCCACGCAGUUUCGGAUAAAGUUGCUCAACGCUGAGAAAGAUAUGGCAGAAGGUGGAGUUGAUACUCCGCCCUGGGCAUCACGUAUUCAGUGCAGAUAUUUUCUUCAUGGUGUUUGUCGCCAAGGAAGUGACUGUCACUAUGCCCAUGACAAAGCCGCAAAACCAUCAAAUGUCUGCCGUUACUAUUUAGCUGGAAGAUGUUCAUAUGGAGCAGGAUGCAGAUAUGAUCACUCUAAACCCAAACCACCAGCAGUGAAACCUACUCCAGUUCAACGAAUAAUGAAUCCUGUACAAAAUACAGAGUUAUCACAACUGAAAAUGACAUCAUUGAAGAAAGGGGGUCAAUCAGAUGUGCCGUCCCUCCCAACCACCCCAAAACCUCCCGAGCAGUGGGUAAAGGCAACAGAAUUUGUUCCUGGAAAACCGUAUAUAUGUUCAUCAAUACCAGCAUCUUAUGCCAAAGCCACCAAAGAUGAAGAAUCUGAUUUGUCACUGUGUUUUGGGGAGGAGCCUGUCUCUAGUGGGCAGUUAUUAUGUCCAUAUUUGGCAAAAGGGGUGUGUCCAUAUGACUCUGAGUGUGAGUAUAUCCAUGGAGACAUGUGUGAGAUGUGUGGAUUGGCUGUUCUGCAUCCAACGGACAAAAUUCAAAGACAAGAACACAUCAAGCUGUGUGAAGCAGAGCUAGAGGAAAACAUGGAACAUUCUUUUGCCAUUGCCCGUAGUAAAGACAAGGCCUGUGGAAUCUGUAUGGACAUUGUGAUGGAGAAGCAGCCCCCUACAGAGCAGAGGUUUGGUAUCAUGUCUGACUGUAAUCACAUCUUCUGUCUCUCCUGUAUCAGAAAGUGGAGAGGUGCUAAACAGUUCGAAAGGAAGAUAGUCAGAGCUUGUCCCGAGUGUAGAGUUAGCUCUAACUUUGUAACACCAAGCAAAUACUGGGUAGAAUCUGAUGAGGAGAAGAAUAAACUGAUUGCUGGCUACAAGGAGGCCCUGAGUAAUAAAUCCUGUAAGUAUUUCAAGCAAGGCUCUGGAGACUGCCCGUUCAAUGACAAAUGUUUCUAUCUCCACGCUCUUCCUGAUGGGACGAUCGCGGAACCUAAGCCUCGCGUCCGUCGUCGUCGACAGAAUGCAGAGGGUGACGUUGAUGUGAUGGGCCGCAUCAAUCUGUGGGACUUUCUGGAGGAAUAUGACAAUCGUUUGGAUCAGCUGUUCCUGUUAGAACUGGAAGCUGAGCUAGAUAAUGUUCUACUGGAUCUCUGGUUCGUGGGAGAUGAGUCCACCGAUGAUGAGGAAUUUUGAUAACACCCUGUAUGUAGUUUACUGGAGAUAGUCCAUUGAAGAUAAGGAAUUUUGAUGAAACCCUGUAUAUUGUUAUUGUAUGAAAUGAAUCUAUUGAUAAUAAUUAAUUUCAUCUUACCCUGUACAUAGAUUGUUCCAUGCUUAUAACAAAAUGUGUAAAUACACUGUAUAAUAUUAUUUUAUGUGAUACUUCUUGUACAUAUAGGUUUAGGUUUUGAAUCGCUGAAUUACUUAUACAUGUGUAUUUAUUAAACCAUAGGUAAGUGACAUUGUUCCUUAAAAUUUAUGCGAGUUAAUUGAAUACACACAUAAUACACUGUAACUAUGUUUUAUGUUGUGUACAAAAACAUCUGGUAUAUUAUAAAAUGUAUGGAAAUGAAUGAAAUAUACAGAAUAUUAGUGUGCUUUUUUGUCACUUAAAGGGACAUGUACACAGUUGCAACUGAUUUUUUUUAAUGUUUACAUUUUCUAGCUAAGACAAUUCCAAUGAUCAGCAAAAAAUUGAACAUUAUUUGUUGAUUUACCACGGAGAUACAGAACUUAAAAUUCUUCAUUAUGUAAACAAGGCUUGUGCUUUGUUUUUGUUUACAUAUAGAAAAUACCAUAAUUUAUAUUAAAAAAAAAUAAAAACAGAUUCAGCAAAUCAAUGGAAAUUGCAGUAUCAUAUUUAGAAUUAACUUCAUUUUAAGAAAAAAUUGCUUUGUUCAAACAUAUAUUAGUAGAUUUGAAUUAUUUAAACAAAAAUAUGUCACAAUCGCUGUUUACAUAUCUAAUUCUGUCUUGUACCUCGACAACUGAAAAUCAAAUUUUUGUUGAUCAUUAUAAAUACCUUAGUUAAAUAUUUGUAAACAUAAAAAUUGGAAAAUCAAUGGAAACUGUAGUAUCAUAUUUAGAAUUAACUUCUUUAAAAAAAAAAAAAUUGCUUUGGUCAAACGUAUAUUAGUAGAUUUAAAUUAUUUAAACAAAAAUAUGUCACAAGCCCUCUUUACAUAUCUAAUUCUGUAUUGUACCUCGAACUGAAAAUCAAAUUUUUGAUGAUCAUUAGAAAUACCUUAGUUAAAUAUUUGUGAACAUAAAAAUUGGAAAAAAAAAUUUUAAUUUUUAGCUGAAACUGUGUCCAUCCCUUUAAGAGAAAAUAUGUGUAAAAGGUUUUAUGAAGAGUUGAAUGCUAAUGACAUGAUCACACAGUAUAUUUGUUCGUGAUUAAGAUGUUGUUCAUGUGACUGUGAUAUCAGUAUGUUUAUCUUCAUUUGUCUUGAUGCAAUUAUAUACUUGUAAAGCAUGUCACUAUACGUUAUGAAAUGUAUAUUCUCCUUUUUCCCAUUUAUGAAGUAAACAGUGCUAAGUUUA